ACCAAAAUACCCCUUUAAAUUUUAAACAACCUAAAAGACCAAUAUUGCUUUACACUUUCACGCGAAUUGCCGUCUACUGCAACGCAACUUGUGCUCCUUCAAAGCUCCAUUUUUUAUGCUCCUUGUUUCUCUUGAAGAACAAUGGCAAACAUACCAGUGGAUGCUUUCCACCUCUUGGACCACUUACUGCGUAUUUUAGAUCGCGAUCCCCUUAUUGAUGAGUUGGGAUUUAUUCACCCAUCCCAGCUCAUGAUUCUGAAUGAAGGGGAAGAUGCUGCCAUUCUUACUUUUAAGGAGUGCAAAGGAGAUGCAAAUCUGGGUUCUGAACCUUCCGAGGCUAUUGAAGUAGAAGGAAAAAAUGAUUUUUUCUGGAGUAGAGAACACAAGUUAGGAAUUUCAACAGAGUAUCUUUAUCCAUUGUAUAAAGCUGCAAAGCACAGAUUUAUGGAUGUGUAUGCAACUUAUAAAAAGCAUUCUUGUUUCUCUUUGAAGAAUGAAAAUGCGGAUAGCAGCCACGCCUUUUCUGAGAUUGAGAAUGCGGUCAUGAAGCACAGCAAGGCUCUUUUGUUGCUGAGCAGUGACUUUGGGACUGCAUGGAAUGCAAGGAAGCUUAUAAUAUCAAAUAGAGAAGAUUUUUCAAUUUCGGAUGAACUUCUUCUGUCGGCUUUGAUUCUUUCAUUUGCUCCGAAAUCUGAAAAUGCCUGGAACUACAGGAGGUGGGUUAUCAAGAGAAUUGCUGGAAGAUGUCCAACUCUGGAAUCGAUUUUGGCAAAAGAAUCUGAGCUUGUUGAGAAAAUAGCAGAGAAGUCUAAAAUGAACUACCGUGCUUGGAAUCACCGGUGUUGGUUAAUUUCUUAUAUGACUAGUGAACAGGCACUUCGUGAGUUGAACACCAUCAGAAGCUGGGCUGCGUUGAAUGUUACUGAUAAUAGUUGCUUUCAUUAUCGACGGAAGCUAAUGCUGCGAAUGUUGGUAGAUGUGAGCCAUGGGAUAGUUGCAGAUACAUGUACUACUCAGUUUGAAUCGUUUAAACAACUAUGGAAGGAUGAGCUGGACUGGAACGAGGGGCUAAUCAGACGUUAUAUCGGGCGAGAGGCCUUGUGGCUUCAUCGCCGUUUUUUAUCUGUACAUUGGGUGAAACAUUUUGGAGCUGAUCAACUUGAAAUCUCACGGCAUCCCAGCGAGAAGAAUGGCAAUGAAGAUCAUUAUGUUUCUAUCUUAAUCAAUAAUGAAGUCGGUCUUCUCCAAGAUUGCUUAAAUCUUCCGGAUAGCAUGUUUGAGGAUGUUCAAUCACAGGCCAUUCAUGCUGCUGCUUACAUUUUGUGGCUAAACAGGGAAAUUCUCUCUCCUUCAACUAUCAAUCUGAAUCAGAAGCUUGAAGCUGUCGAUUUGAGGACAUUACUAAUCAAGUUGUGCCCUCAAAAGAUUAGAGUUUGGGAUUGUUUGCUGUGCGACCACUAAGACGUACUUCUGCAGGACCAUUUUGUGCAGGAUACAACAAACGAAAUACUAUAAGAACAGAGCCUUAUUUUGUUACAAUAAGAACAGUACGCCGUCUGUAAUCCAUUAUCGAGAAAUUUCUCAUAUUCUCGUUAUUUAGUUACAUAGUAAUAAUGUCAUGAAACAUGUAAACUCUUGGAUAAUACUUCCUCUGUUUUGAUUCGAUUAUCAUCUUCCCAGGACAACAUAAUCAGGAAUAUAUGAAAGUAUGAAACUAUUUUACCCAA